AUGCAGAGGCCCAGCCGGCUGGUGUUCACCGAUGUUUUGUACAUCAGGAAGAAGAAGAGGCUGGAGAAGCUGCGCCACCAGCUCAUGCCUAUGUACAACUUCGACCCCGCGGAGGAGCAAGAUGAACUGGAGCAGGAGCUGCUGGAGCAUGGGCGGGACACUGCCUCCGUGCAGGCCACCACCGCUGUGCAGGCCACGCAGGCCAAGACCACUCUCCCCUCUCAGGGCCCAAUGCAGAGGCCCAGCCGGCUGGUGUUCACCGAUGUAGCCAAUGCCAUCCACGCGUGAGGAGCCCAGGGACAGGCCUGGACCUCUGAUGAAGACACCUGCCACAGUGCCCUCAGCUGCCCACUCCGAGAUCAUUAGGACCUCCUCUCAGGACCUGCCCUGCCAAGGCCUCAGCUAUUUUGAGGACCCAGCUGCUGACCCUCCAGGCUCUAAAAGAGGCCCCUGGCCAGGUUGGGCAUAUGGCCACUGAUAUCCCCUGACCUGAGGGCCCUGGAAUGCAGAGCAUCCCUCAUAAGGCUUCCUUAUGCUGGCUGGCUUCCUUGUGCCCUUCCCAGACCCCUCACAUCAGGAUCUGCUCCUCUAAUGUGGAGGAAAUGGGGGGAGAUGUGGGAUGGGAGGGGGAAGGGAAGGAGAGUAGUGGGGUUCCCAUCCAUCAGGGAGAGACAUAUCUUUGGAAUCUGGAGUCUCCUCUGGGGUGGGGAGAGGCAGCCAUCCCGGUCUCAGGCACAUGGUAUGGUGGUACCCUGGGAGAUGCUCAGGGAUAGAGCUGAAACUGCCCAGCGGGCAAAGAUGCCAGGAGGAGGGCUGCUCAUACCCAAGGUCAGUCCAUAUCACAGGGAUCCAUGAGGUCUUCCAGCCACCCCUCCGUGGUGGUCGGCUAUUGGCUGGGCCCAAGCUAGGAUGAGAGCUGAGCGGGAAGGGAGGUGGGGGAGCAGGUGUGGAGGGAUGCAGUGCCGAGACCUGCUGGAAGGCCUCCUGCAUGUGCAUGAAGGUGCCCACCUGCAGACAUGUGCCUGUUCCAGCACAGGGGGCAGGAUGGAGACCCCUGCAUUGGCUCCACCCUCCAAGCCAACCCCCACCCCAUGGUGUGUAGAGGAACAUUAAGUGGGCCACCUUCUACACCUUCAGUGUUCAGGGACUGAAAGGAGAGGGAAGCAAAGGCAAGGGUCCACUGCCUACCACAUCCCUUCGCUGGGCUCUAAAAGCCAGGUAACCUGCUUCUGGAACAGUUCCCUGUCUUGGUGUUUAUCGGGGACCUGGUGUUGGGGGAGAGACUAUUGGUCGGGGGGUGGUGGUCGCCAGCUGCAGGCUAGCAGGGGAAGUUCUGAAUGCCUGAAACAGGGUGGCGAUAGCCCCUUGGAAAACAGACCUAAGAGACCUAGUCUGGGUUUUGAUCACACAACCCACCUACCCAUCGUCCACCCACCCCAUGCCCCGCAGGAAUUCUGCCAGGCUGGGGCAUCUGGGCAAGGCACUGGGUCAAGCCAGACCCCAAGAGCUGGGCAUUUCUCCGCUGGGCACGCAUGUGCACCUGAGCAGGCACAGACGCACGCCCCUGUGCCCAGCCUCGCCGCCGUCACUGUCCUCUGCUGGUUGGCGGGGACGUGAGGGUGGCAAAUGCGAGGUGUCAGGCUGUGAGGGCCUAGGAGGACUUCAUGGGGAAGGUUCUGGAUUUAUUUCCUCCUCAAGAUGCUAUAAAUACGUUAGCAUUUGAGCCAACUGGAGGGCUGUGGGUAAUUUAGGAUGCACAGAAGCUGUAAUUUAAGUCAUAGCAUCUCCAUGUGAGAGCAUUAAAGAUGUAAUUAAGAUGUUUACACAAAGAGAUUGUGAGCCUGUGACACUGGGGAUGUGAAACCCCAGGAGGGGUGGGAUGGGUGAGGGGCUGCGGGGGGCAUGGUCGCUUGGAUCCCAGCUACGAGGC